GAAGGCAGUUGGUGCAGCUUGUGUGUGAUUCCUAACGUCAUGUUGGCUGAGAGCCAGCCUGGUUUUAUUUCACUGUGUCAAAUUGUACCUCCUUAUUGAAUUCCUUUGCCAGCCUACUUUGUGAAAGAAAACAUUGGGGUUUCUUUGGCUGUUCUUGAUAAGCCUAUAAAAAAUGAUAUGUUUUAGUUGCUUAUAGUUGCUGAAGUAAAGGAACCCUGCAGCCUUCCCAUGCUAUCUGUUGACAUGGAAAACAAGGAAAAUGGCUCUGUCGGUGUAAAAAAUUCCAUGGAAAAUGGGAGACCACCUGAUCCUGCAGACUGGGCUGUGAUGGAUGUCGUCAAUUAUUUCCGGACAGCGGGAUUUGAGGAGCAAGCUAGUGCUUUUCAGGAACAGGAAAUUGAUGGGAAAUCCCUGCUAUUGAUGACGAGAAAUGAUGUGUUGACAGGACUUCAGUUAAAAUUGGGGCCUGCUCUGAAAAUCUACGAGUAUCAUGUAAAACCUCUGCAGACAAAGCAUUUAAAGAACAACUCUUCAUAGUACAAUCCACUUGGGGUCUUAGACCUCAAAAAAUACAUAACGACAUAAUUUGGUUUCAUGUGAUGAAACUUUGUAAACAGAAUACAUACAUGUGUAUAUGUAAAGACUUUCAAUCAAAUGAAACGUUAUCCUAUUGGAUAGACUAGGCAAUUCAUCGGCUGACCUGAAUUCAGCCAGGAGGGGCAAGGACAAGAUGUGCACAGGAUGGUUUUUCUUUUGGAGGCUGUCAAACAGAAUGUUCUUUGACGUGUUUAGGCCCUCCUCCCCACAAAGGCUUUGAAAUCAUAACAAUUUUCUUUGUUUCUUCAUAGAUUUCUUUCCCAAAAUCCUUAAAAAAAAUAAAAAAGAAUGUAAUGAAAUGAGUAUCUUUUUGUUGAGGCUUAGGAAGAGUAAAAAUAAGAAAACAUGGGGAGGGGGAGAAAAGAGAAAGAGAAUGCUUUCUCCCUUGAAUUCCUCUGCUCCUUAGAGCUCGUGUUACUUGGAUGGAAUUGCCGACACCCUUUUUUAUAGAGGGUCUUCCACUUGACCUUAUUAAGGUUUUAUUGGGAUAUGCUGCAAUGUUUGACAUGAACAUGCACCAUGGCCCCUUCAGGAGCAGAAUCGUAGCUCUGAAAAGAGAAAUUCUGUUGUGUACUGGGGAUAUCCAUCCACAUUCAGCUCGCUUUCACGAGGGGUAAUGGUAUUUCUGCAUUGAUUUGCUUUUAAAUUGGUUCUUUGUUUCAGAAGAAAGCAUUUUUUUUACUUUAUGGUUUGUAUUUAUAAUUGUUUCUGAAAAAAUUUGCCAAGAGUUAUAGAUCAAAAAGCCUUGUUACUAGUACAGAAUAUUUUUAUACAUAUUCCCUCAUGAUGGUGUAAUAUUUUUUUAAUUGUCCUAUGCUUUCUUUGAUUCCUGGUCUGAGUACUUGUUUUUAAGAACUUGAGAAAGUGGGCUUGCUGCAUCUCUGUUCAAAGAGACAUUUGUUCAAUCUCUAUGUGUCUAUGCCUUGUUGAAUUGGUGCUUUGUGGUUGCAAUAAAGCAUUGCUUCAGUUUA